AUGAGCCCUUCAACCCUCGUCACCUUACACAUGGCCCUUCCAACCCUCGUCACUUACACAUGGCCUUCAACCCUCGUCACCCACAUGGCCCUUCAACCCUCGUCACCUUACAUGCCCUUCAGCCCUGUCACCACACAUGGCCCUUCCAGCCUCGUCACCCCCAUGGCCCUUCCAACCCUCGUCACCACAUGGCCCUUCAACCUCGUCACCUUACACAUGGCCCUUCCAACCUCGUCACCGACCACAUGGCCGUUCCAGCCCUCGUCACCUUACACAUGGCCCCUUCCAGCCCUCGUCACCUUACACAUGGCCCUUCAGCCCUCGUCAUACAUGACCCUUCCAGCCCUCGUCACCUUACAUGACCCUUCCAGCCCUCGUCACCUCCACACUGACCCUUCAGCCCUCGUCCCUUGCCAGCCUUCAGCCCUCGUCACCUUACACUGGCCCUUCCGGCCCUCGUCACUUACACGCAGGCCCUUCAGCCCUCGUCACCUUACACACAUGGCCCUUCCAGCCCUCGUCACCUUACACAUGGCCCUUCCAGCCCUCGUCACGCCACGCCCCUUCCAGCCCCGUCACCUUACAUGGCCCUUCAGCCCUCGUCACCCUUACAUGGCCUUCAGCCCUCGUCACCUUACACAUGACCCUUCAGCCCUCGUCACCUUACACAUGACCCUUCAGCCUGUCCUUACAUGCUUCCCUGUCACUUUACACAUGACCCUUCCAGCCCUGUCACCUUACACAUGA